AUGACGAACAACGGAACUAGUAGCAUAUCAACUCUAAGCGAAGAUAAUGAGUACGUUCUCCAUGAACCGUUCGUCAAUGAGGAGCCACCGAACACUGCACCACAGGCUGUCAAGGAUGCUUACUUGAAGCAUAAGAAAGACAAUCGUGAUGUGAGAUGCCUUAUGCUUGGAACAAUGAUUCCCGAUUUGAUCAAACAGUUUGAUGGUCUGGGUGUUUGGUUGAUGAUGGAUCAACUUAAGCUCAUGUUCGAAGAGCAAGCCCGCUUAGAGAGAUUCAAAAUUAUGUGUAGCCUUUUGAACUGUAAACUGGCUAAUGGGUGUUCUGUCUGUCCACAUGUACUCAAAAUGAAGAGUCAUUUUGAUGAUCUGGAACUAUUUGGCGCUAAGAUGCACAAGGAGCUUGCGGUGGACAUGAUCCUCCAUUCACUUCCUAAUAGUUUUCGAUAUUUUGUCUUAAAUUAUGAUAUGAAUGAGUUCCAGAAAGCGACACGAGAAAAAAGAAAGAGUAAGGAAUCGACAAAGAAGGCAAAAGUUGUCGUGUUGCCGAAGUCCAAACCAGACAAGGGAGAAUGCCACUACUGCCACGAGAUUAGACACUAUCAUAGGAAGAACAAUCUCUACUUGGAGGAUCUGAAGAAGAAUAAGCUUGUUGAAGCUUCAUGUUCAGGAUCUACGAAGAAGUAG